AUGAGUUCUCUAGACCAUGAACAUAAACCUCACUUCUUGUUGGGUAAAUUCACUUUACACGUAUUGUCUCUUUUCAGUGCAACCUUCGGCAAUGAAAAACUUACAGUUGAUAAUUUCUCUCUCGCUCUCUUCGAGUUCGGGGUGUGUUUUACCUUUAACCUCGACGGUACUCAUCGGUUACAAGUACGAAGCCCAGGAGCAACCCACGGUCUAGAAGUGAUUUUAGAUGUUGAGCAGUGGAACUAUUAUCAUCAGGAUAGUCUCCCUUCAAGAAUCUCAGCAGGAUUUCAGCUCCAGGCAUUCGACAGUAAAACAAGUACCCCCCAAGUCAAUGACUAUGGGAUCGCUGUUGGACCUGGAACUAAGACUCGUGUUGGUGUCACAGUCCAUGAGACACAUAACAUACCACCUCCACACGGGAAAUGUGGUACGAAAAAGCUGAAGUAUCAUGAUGGUUACAAGGUUAGUCUGUGCCAAUUAGAAUGCAAAACCGACUUCUUGGUCGCUGCAUGUAAUUGCCGAGCUCCCUAUAUGGCUGGUCCUGAUAGAGAAUGCAAUCCACUGGAGAUAGUGUGCAUGAAUAACGCAAUGGAGGACUUCAAUUCGAAGGCCACUGCUGCUUGCCCAUGCCCCCGGCCAUGUGACGUUGUUACGUAUGCCACCACGGUAUCACAAGCCAAGUUUCCGUCAGACUUUUACAGUAAAUUUCUUGCAGAAACACUGACUGAACGGCGGAAUAUAUCUCUUACUGCUGCCUAUUUCAGCAACAGUAUGUGUCUCAUCAACAUAUUCUUUAAUGAACUGAGUCGGCAAACAAACACUCAACAAGAAGCUUAUGGGUUCUAUAGUCUUCUUUGUGACAUCGGUGGAUCUCUUGGUAUGUGGAUAGGAGGGAGUAUUCUAACCCUCUGUGAAGUUCUUGACAUUAUUGGUUAUUCUAUAUACAAGGGAAGAUCGUCUUAAAGCGACACUGAACUUGACUGAAGUGAUGAACUUUCUGCCCUAGCAUACUGUUCAGAGCCAUCUAAACACAGAGUUUGGCCAACC